UCCAACCACGACUUAGUUCCCUCCACCACUCUCAAUCCAAGAAAGCAUCUGAACUUUACUCAGACCAAAAUACUUCUCUCUCACAAUAUAAUUCUGAGUUUCACAAAUGGAGUCGAAGACCAUUCAAGGAUAUCUUCAAAAAAAGACCAUUUUGGUUACUGGAGCCACAGGCUUCCUUGCAAUGGUAUUUUUGGAAAAAAUACUAAGGGUUCAACCAGAUGUGAAAAAGGUCUCUCUUUUAAGAGCUCCGGAUAUCAACUCAGCCAGGGAUCGCAUGCAUAAUGAGAUCAUAGGAAAGGAGUUGUUCAAGGUUCUAAGGGAGAAAAUGGGUGCAUAUUUUGAUUCCUUUAUAUCGGAAAAAGUUGUGGCUAUCCCAGGAGAUGUAAGUUCGGAAAACCUGGGAGUGAAAGACUCAAAUUGGGAAGAAAUGUUGAAUGAAAUACAAAUUAUACUCAACUCUGCAGCAACGACCAAAUUUGAUGAAAGGUAUGAUAUUGCGCUGGACGUGAAUACAUUCGGAGUUCUUCAUGUUUUGAGUUUUGCGAAGAAAUGUUUAAAACUGGAGAUGCUUCUCCAUGUAUCAACCGCUUAUGUGUGUGGUGAAAGGGCAGGACUCAUAGCAGAGGACUUAUCAUCUUCAUUAAUUGACGACAUAAUAAAUAAUAAUUUCGAAUUACAUGAAAAGAAGUUGGUGGAGGAGAAAUUGAAUGAAAGAAAAGCACAAGGUGCUUCUGAAGAAAUUAUUACCCGUACCAUGAAGGAUUUGGGCAUUGAAAGGGCUAAACUUUAUGGAUGGCCAAACACCUAUGUAUUUACAAAGGCGAUAGGAGAAAUAUUUCUGCAUCACUCAAAAGAUAAUCUACCUCUAGUUAUCAUCCGCCCAUCCGUUGUUACUAGCACUUAUAAGGAGCCAUUUCCAGGUUGGACUCAAGGUUUGAGAACCAUUGAUAGCAUAAUUGCUGGUUAUGGUAAAGGAAAGUUGAAAUGCUUACUUGUUGAUCCUACGUCGGUAUUUGAUAUGAUUCCUGUUGACAUGGUGGUAAAUUCAAUAAUUUCAGCGAUAGUGGUGAAUGCAAAUCAAUCUUCUAUUCUCAUUUACCAUGUGGGAUCUUCAUUUCGCAACCCUGUAAAAUUUUGUGAUAUUCACGAUAUUGGCUUUCGAUACUUCACCAAAUUUCCCUGGGUGACGAAGGACGGAAAGCCUAUUAAGGUUGCGAAGUUUAGAAUGCUUAGGACUAUGGCUUCUUUCCGCAUGUACAUGCAAAUUCGCUUCAUGAUACCUCUGCAGGGAUUAAAGUUCGUAAAUAAGGCAUCAUGCCGAUAUUUCAAGGAUAUAUAUGCUAAUUACAGUCGAAAACUCAAAUUGGUAAUGCGCAUGGUAGAGCUGUACAAACCCUAUCUGUUAUUCAAGGGCAUAUUUGAUGACACCAAUUCGGAGGAGCUGCGAAGGGUGACAAAUGAGAGUUACAUAGACGCAAAAGAAUUUAAUUUUGAUCCCAGGUGCAUUGAUUGGGAAGACUACAUUAUGAAAACUCACAUUCCUGGCCUCGAAAAGCAUGUUAUCGUCAAAUGAUAACCCGAAGAAUCGAUGCAUUGCCAUUGCAAUAAAAGUGUACCUUUAGGAAUGUGUCAAGUUUACAUCUUAGCUACAUUGGUAGUGAUGAAAUAAUUCCACACUAGUGUUGAAGAAACUAUAUCAACGUUUUAAGUCAUUAGCCUGCGAAUAAUUUAUGGAUGGUGAUGAAAUAAUUCAACUGUAGUGUUAAAUGAAUUAUUUUCAAGAGUGACUGCAUUAAAUUUACAUUUGCAUUGGCGUUUGAAUUAAAUUUCCGCACCACCGCAGAUGAAGGAAAGUGCUAGAACAGUCACCUACACAAGAGAACAAACAAUCGUGAAAUUCCUAAAGUAUCGGUGUGGUACCGGCCAAAAGUUCUCAAUAGCCAAGUUAGUAUUGUUAGAAUUUGGUGGUGUAUACGUAUGUUUGUAAUUUGUAUAUUUGAACAAGAACAAAAUUGUAUCAGAGUUGAAUGA